AUGGGGGGAAACCAGACCUGGAUCUCAGAGGUCACUUUGCUGGGAUUCCUGGUGGACCCAGCCCUGGAAUAUUUUUUGUUUGGGGUCUUCUCUAUGUUCUAUGUUUUAACCCUGCUGGGAAAUGGGGCUAUUGUGGGGCUCAUCUGCCUGGACUCCCGACUGCACACACCCAUGUACUUCUUCCUCUCUCACCUGGCCGUGGUUGAUGUGUCCUAUGCCUCCAACAAUGUGCCCAAGAUGCUGGCAAACCUUGUGGGUGAGAAGAGAACCAUUCUCUUCAUCCCUUGUGUAAUGCAGACAUUUCUAUAUCUGGCUUUUGCUCACACAGAGUGCUUGAUUUUGGUGGUGAUGUCUUAUGAUCGGUACGUGGCCAUCUGCCACCCCCUCCAUUAUGCGAUCAUCAUGAGCUGGAAGGUCUGCAGCACACUGGCUAUCACAACCUGGGUAUUUAGUUUCCUCCUCGCCCUGGUCCAUGUGGUUCUCAUCCUGAGACUGCCCUUCUGUGGGCCUCAUGAGAUCAACCACUUCUUCUGUGAAAUCCUGUCUCUCCUCAAGCUGGCCUGUGCAGACACACGGCUCAACCAACUGGUCAUCUUUGCAGCCUGUGUGUUUAUAUUAGUGGGGCCCCUCUGUCUGGUGCUGGUGUCCUACAGCCGAAUCCUCAUGGCCAUCCUGAGGAUCCAGUCCGGGGAGGGACGCAGAAAGGCCUUCUCCACCUGCUCCUCCCACCUCUGCGUGGUCGGGCUCUUCUUCGGCAGUGCCAUCGUCAUGUACAUGGCCCCCAAGUCCAGCCACCCUGAGGAGCAGCAGAAGGUCCUUUCGCUGUUCUACAGCCUGUUCAACCCGAUGCUGAACCCCCUGAUCUACAGCCUGAGGAACGCAGAAGUGAAGGGUGCCCUGCGGAGAGUGCUGUGCAAGGAGAGGUCAACGUGA